AUGAUGCCCGUCGCGGGUAGCUCCAAUUGCUGCGGCAGUGUUUGCCGUUUGUCAUGUGGUACUGGAGGAUUAAAACAUGAAGAGCAGAUGCUUCGUAUUGGUGCCAAUUCAACUGUUCUUACAAGUUCUGCUGCAACAACACUUAUUGUAGAAGAUACGCAUGAUGACACAUGCACAUGUGAGUCUCCACUCAUCCCGAUGCAAUUUACCCAACCUGUUGAGGUUUUAGAUGCAAUACUUUUCUCUGAAGCGGCGUUACGUGAAAAGCGUCGUGAGGAGAUUAGAAUGGAGGAUGAGAAACUACUGAAGGCGAGAAGGGAAAAUAUAUUAAAACAACCUCCACUGGUUGUUAGGCCGCCAUUGUUGAGUCCCUUCUGUCCUAAUGGACUUCCACCACUUGAAAUUAAACAAGAACCGCUUUUUAUGGAGAAGGACACGGUGGUUUCAUCCAUACGUGAAGAACUUCAGAAGCAGCGGCGUGAGAAGGCAGAAACUGAAGCGGCGUUACAAGAGGCAGAACUCGCUGCAUUAGAGCUCAAAUUGCUGUUACAGAAGGUGAGCAUCUGA